AUGGCAACUUCGAUGAUGGCUUCAAAAAGGCCAUUUCUGACGCUUCCCUUCCUUCUACCUUCCUGGAGCGAGUCUGUCGGUUUAGAAUUGCGGCGGAAUCAGUCUUCAUACAGACGAACGAAACAGCGCCUACGCGUCAAACCAGAUGCAUCGUUCGGCAAUUCCUCAAACAAACUUCAUGAUCGUAUUAUUUACAAUCCUCCGUCAAGCGCGCCUUCUGUAUAUCACACUCCAACGAAAUUUCUUCCUCCGGACGAUGCCCGCCGGACAUUACGCGCUGGUGUUACAACCACGCAACCCGAUGCCAACAAUCUUCCUCCCGUGUUCAAGGGAACAUCGGAAAAGAAAUACCACCUAAAACCAUCUGACAUAGAAGAGAUCCGCCAACUCCGGCUUAGCGAUCCAAUGACAUGGAGCAGAUGGAAGCUAGCGAAGCGAUUCAACUGCUCUCCGCUGUUCAUCGGCAUGGUAUGUGACGCGGGCCCAGAGAAAAAAGAGAUUCAGAAGCAAGUCUUGGAAGCAGUGCAAUCCAGAUGGGGUGUCAAACGACGAAUUGCUAGAGAAGACCGACAACUGCGGAAGGAGACGUGGGGAACAGACGAGUAA